UCCGUGGUACCUCAAAAUUUAGAUCUACCAAAUCUCCUUUGAAAAAUUUAAUACGCAGAAUACGACCGUUGGCUUUUCCCCUUUAUCUCCUCAAACCAAAAACAGAGCAUCUUCUCUUUGGUUCUUCAAUCUCCACAUAAACGAACAACAAUCUCACUGAAAAUAAUGGCCGUCGAUUACGCGUUCACCGACAAGGAAAUGAUGAUCGAUGAGGGUCUCGGGUACCCAAGAGCCUAUGCGAAAAUCUGUCGGGACAGCAGUCUUGGUCCCUACAAUCAUGGCCCUCCUUUCACCUUCAUGCCUUAUGUUUUGCAGCAAAAUGAAAGUUUGAGAGCAAAGGAAAUGGACCAAAUGUUCCCAAUUAUUGAUCCAGAGGCAAGACCAACCGCUAAGCCAAAAAUCUUCAUCAAUCUUUUGUGGAAGCAGCUCAGCCAUUUGGGGAACGCCGGCUUUGAUCCAGAAGAAAUUCGUGUGGACCCAUAUGGCAAUGUGUUGUAUUACCAUGCUGAUUCAGCUUCACCUCUUGCCUGGGAUAUUGAUCACCGGUUUCCUUGCUCAAGGGGUGGAUUGACUGUUGCUAGUAAUCUGAGGAUAUUACAAUGGCAACUAUGCAAGAAAAAACAUAACAAGCUAGAAUUUCAAGUCCCAUGGUGGGAUUUUCAGUUGGGAAUUUCUGUGAACCAGUUCUUAUCCAUUUUUGCUUCUAGAAAUUCUGAUUUCAGGCACAGAGCAUUUUCCUUCUUGUUUGCAGAAGGUGAAAACGAAGAAAUAAAUUCUUCACAAACAGUGGAGUCUCAUUCUUUUCCACAGCAUUUUAUGAAGUCAAAAGAGCAAUUUGGCCUUGCUCCAGCAGCUGUUGUUGUAACUCGAAGGGAACCAUAUGAUACUUCAUCACCUUUGAAAUCACUGGAUUACAACAGGCAGAUUAGGCCACAGGCUCCUAUUAUUGCGGCAAGGAAUGUGAAAUCCAGCAUCUUGAAAGAAAAUGAAAAUCCAGAUUUUGUUACAAAUCCAUACCAGGCCAUUGUUAUGGCCAGAGAUUCACUGAAACAAAGGGAAGAAGCACAAAAGAGGCAAGCAAAAAUUCAGAAGUUGGAUGAAGAAGUGAAUGAAAUGAGGUGGAAAAAUGAUGAAGAAAAGGUUGCUAUUCAAGACUUGGAAGUGGAACUGAUAAAGCGUAGGAGAAGGGCAGAAAAGUGCAGACGGCUAGCGGAGGCACAAUCUUCGUACAGGACAAUGCUAGAAAAGAUGAUUCGGGAUGCUAUGCACCAGAGUGUUGUUUACAAGGAACAGAUGAGAUUGAACCAAGCUGCAGCAAAUGCACUCAAGGCAAGACUUGUAGCCCAAAGGGCAAUAUGCGAUGCUUCGGAGAAGGAACUUCACAAGAAAUUUAAAAAACGAGACGAACUUGAGAAGCAGAUAAGGCCUGAAUGGGAACAAGCAAGGAAGAGAUCAAGAAUGGAUGAUACUUUCUUUCAAGGACAUGAUACUAAAACUGUUAUUUAUCUACCAGGAAUCAGGCCAAGGACACCUUUAAACAAGGAGCUGAGAGUGUUUCUGAAGGAGGAACAUAAAGCAUCUGUGGCCGGUUUGGUUUCAAAUGAAGAUCAAAAGCAUGAAGAAAUUGAAGAGGAACUGGAAAUUACAGCAAGAAAUGCUCUCAGAGGAAGGCGUGAGGAGCAUGAUAAAGCCAUAGCUGCUUUAGAAGAUGAAAAAUCAAUCGAGCAGAAGUUUCAGAGACUUGAAAUAGGAGAGGAGAGACAAGAAAUUCAAUUCCCUGUUAUUGAAGAAACAGAAAGAGAGGAAGAUGAAGAGUGCAGGAAGCAGCGUGGGAAAGGGAAUGUAGAGAGGUGGCUCCAAAUGCUGUUAGAGAACAGUCAAGAAGAAUUAGACCCUCAAAAUGAAGAUGCAGAAGAAGUGACUGGAAUUGAUCAAAUAAUAAAAAAGCUAGAUUUAAAGUAUCCACAAAAAGAGAAAGAGGUCAUGACGCAAGUUCAUGAGAAGCAGCAGACUGUUCGCGGGAAGGAUGUUGGAAAGAAAAAAGAAGAGAUUGUUGAGAUAGAAGGCAGUAAAACACCAAGGAGAAGUAGUAAUGCUUGUGAAGUGGCUAGUAUUGUUAAUGAAGGUGUUGGAAGCAGAAAGGAAAGAAUUCUUAUGAGGUCUGAGAGUGCCACAGCCUUCCGACGAAUCCCAUCUUCUCCAUCUUUGAUUCUUGGUGGUAUGAAAAAAGGAGUGAAGUGCAUGAGGAAGAAGCCAAUACUAACUACUAACUAGUGAUGAUGAUGAAGAUUAUGCUGUGGGAAACAACUUCCUCAAGUCGUCUAUCAAAACAAUAAAGAAGGCAGUGAAAGUAUAAAGAUUUAUUCCUCUCUGUAUCUCUGUGUAUUU